AUGCUGAAGCCCAUCUGGAGGACCACAAGUCUUAGCAUGCACACCAACUUCCGCAUCGUCAAGAGCAACGUGCUGAGCGUCUUUCUAUAUGGGUCUGAGUGCUGGAAGACCACUGCUACCAUCGAGCGCAAACUGGAAGUCUUCCAGAACAAGUGCCUGCGCCGGAUCAUGAAAGUCUUCUGGCCAAACAUGAUCACGAACAUGGAACUGCGUGAAAGAGCUGGCGCAAACAGCAUCGCUGAGACCAUCGCUUUGAGGAGAUGGAGAUGGCUAGGCCACGUCUGCAGAAUGCCACCCGACUCGCUACCCAGGGUGGCACUGAGAUGGACUCCACAGGGGAAAAGAAACCGUGGACGACCGAAAGAGACGUGGCGCCGAACCGUGGAGCGAGAACUCAAGAACAGAGGCCUCACUCUGCAGACAGCACCCGCAACAGCAGCUGACAGACCAAAGUGGCGCUCCCUUGCCGUCGCCUCAAGCACCAGACGGCGCAGAGAGGAUUGA